AUGAAAUCCUUGCCUGUGAUCGACAUCUCGCCGUUGUGCAGCGAAAGCGGCGACGAUGCAGCGACCGCGGCGGUGGCCGCCUCGAUCCGCAAGGCCUGCAUCGAGUGGGGAUUUUUUUACAUUGUUGGUGCGCGGCCACGGCAUGCAGCCACGCUGGACGCGCUGCUGCGCGCGACCGUCGCGCUGUUUGACCUGCCCCACGACUCCAAGCGCGCACUGGCGGCGUCGCUGUCGCCGCUGCACCGCGGCUGGACAGGUGUCGGCGGGGCGCACAACUGCAGCAGCUCUGGCCGCGGGGGCACAGGGCCCGACAACAAAGAGAGCUUCUUGCUGGGCGCCGAGGGCGGCGCGUCCCCGAUGCACGGCCCCAACCCCUGGCCCUCUGCCGACCUGCUGCCCGGCUGGGAGGCCGACAUGUCAGCCUACUUCUCAUCAGCCCUCGCAGUCAGCCGCGCGCUGUCGCGCGGCCUGGCGCUCGCAUUGGGCCUCGACAGGGCCUUCUUCGAGCAGCGCAUGCGCGACCCCGUGGCGCAGCUGCUGCUGCUGCGAUACCCGCCCGCGCCGCCCUCCGACGGCGGCGGCGGCGACGGCGGCAGUAAUAGCAGUGCGGCGCGGCGUGUCGUCGGCUGCGGGGAGCACACUGACUGCGGUUUCCUAACGCUCCUCGCGCAGGACGACGUUCCGGGCCUCGAGGUGCGCCCGCGCGCCGCGGGCGCCGCAUCUGCAGCGGCUGCCACUGCGAACAGCGGCGGCGGCGGCGGGGAGGGGGGCGGGGAUGAUGCUGGCUGGGUGCCGGCGCCGCCGCUGCCUGGGGCGCUGUUGGUCAACCUGGGGGAUCUGGCCGAGUUUUGGAGCGGCGGCCUGUUCCGCUCGACCCCGCACCGCGUGUUUGCGCCGGGGGGCGCGGACGGGCGGCGGGCGCGGCACUCUGUCGUCUUCUUCUGCAACUGCGACUACGAUGCUGAGGUGGCGCCGCUGGGGGCGGAAACUGGCAUGGGGUCGGACGAGGCGGGGGAGCGUGGGGCCGCUGAUGCCGGCAACGGCUGCGGAGUGGAUGGCACCAGUGCGACGACAGCGGGGCGGUACAUAUGUGAGAAGCUUGGCCUGAUGUUCAAUGAGUGA